UGACUGGACUUGCUGUGGGCUUCCAAAGGCCCCGCGGCGCUGCGGGUUGUAUCGGCAGGAUACCGGAGGGCGGAAGUGCAGCAGGGCUCAGCUCCGACCUCCGCGCCGGUGCCUUGCGCGGCUGCGCGGGCUCUCGGGACUCCAGGCUCGCGCGCCUCUGCGGGACAGUGUGUCAAGCACCCUGCGCCGCCGCCCUGCCAGAGCCGGGAUCCGAGCAUAUUCACCGGUGCGGGAAGCCGGAGAAGGAGCUGGCGUUUCUGGUAGGUUUGGCUUUGGGUGAAAAAAGAAUUUAGCCUAUAUGCACUGCCUUAACCACUGGAAGAAUGACAGAUGACAAAGAUGUGCUUCGAGAUGUGUGGUUUGGACGAAUUCCAACUUGCUUCACCCUGUAUCAGGAUGAGAUAACUGAACGGGAGGCAGAACCAUAUUAUUUGCUUUUGCCAAGAGUAAGUUAUUUGACGUUGGUAACUGACAAAGUGAAAAAGCACUUUCAGAAGGUUAUGAGACAAGAAGACAUUAGUGAGAUAUGGUUUGAAUAUGAAGGCACACCACUGAAAUGGCAUUAUCCAAUUGGUUUGCUGUUUGAUCUUCUUGCAUCAAGUUCAGCUCUUCCUUGGAACAUCACAGUACAUUUUAAGAGUUUUCCAGAAAAGGACCUUCUGCACUGUCCAUCUAAGGAUGCAAUUGAAGCUCAUUUUAUGUCUUGUGUGAAAGAAGCUGAUGCAUUAAAGCAUAAAAGUCAAGUUAUCAAUGAAAUGCAGAAAAAAGAUCAUAAGCAGCUCUGGAUGGGAUUACAAAAUGAUAGAUUUGACCAGUUUUGGGCCAUCAACCGGAAACUCAUGGAAUAUCCUGCAGAAGAAAAUGGAUUUCGUUAUAUCCCUUUUAGAAUAUAUCAGACAACAACUGAACGACCUUUCAUUCAGAAGCUUUUUCGUCCUGUGGCUGCAGAUGGACAAUUGCAUACGCUGGGCGAUCUCCUCAAAGAAGUUUGUCCUUCUGCAGUUGCUCCUGAAGAUGGAGAAAAAAAGAAUCAAGUGAUGAUUCAUGGAAUUGAGCCAAUGUUGGAAACACCUCUGCAGUGGCUGAGUGAACAUCUGAGCUACCCAGAUAAUUUUCUUCACAUUAGUAUCAUCCCGCAGCCGGCGGACUGAAGGAUCAACUCUAUGCCUGAACGGAAUCACCCUGAAACAGGAUCCACCAGAGCAUGUCACCCUUCUGCUUCAGUCAGGCUUGGUGGAGGCAGCCUGACCAGAAACACUACUGCAAGCCGAACAGGAAGAUGAUUCCAUGUCAGAUAAGGGCACUUGGGCUGGUCUGUCUUUGCAUCACCACUGCUUCCCUCCACUGCCGUCAUUCAACCUCAGCUGCGACAUGAAAGACUUCACAGGACCACUGCAAGUCUUCUGUUUUCUUGUAAGAUAUAAUGAAGCCGAAACCUUUGGCCUAAGAAGAAAAUGGAAAUAUGUGCCACUCGAUUUGUAUUUCUGAUUAACAAAUAAACAGGGGUAUUUCCUAAGGUGACCAUGAUUGAACUUGAGCUCAAGGGAGUGGAAACAUUGGUUUAAUUUUCUAGAGAAUUAGACUUAAGAAAGUAAAAGAGAAAUUCUGUUAUCGAUAACUUGCAGUAAUUUUUUGUAAAAGAUCCAAUUACAGUAAACCCAUCUUUCCUUAAUGAAAAUUUCCUAUGUUUACAGUCUGUCUAUUGGUAUGCAAACAAUCUUGUAACUUUGAUAAUGAACAGUGAGAGAUUUUUAAAUAAAGCCUCUAAAUAUGUUUUGUCAUUUAAUAACAUA